UGUUAUAAUGUCUUACGAUUUUCUUUGUGUCAAGAUAUAAUACGAAUAUUGCUCAUCAAAAUUAUAUAUUUAUUACACUUCUGUAAAAUAUAUACAUACCAUUUUAGAUCAUUAUAUGAUUCUUUGUAUCAAUGUUAUGUCCUACCUAGUACUUAUUGUGUGUUUGACAUUAUUUUAUGAAUCAUUUGGUUAACAUUGUUUAGUCAACACUUUCUUACAUUCUGCGGUUUUAUGAUGGCUUUUUUAGAGUGGAGAAGAUUCAAUUUCUUUGAUCUCAAGAAAAACAUCGACACCCAAAAGUUACAACAAUAUCUUGGGGAUGUGAAAAUAACCGCCACAACCAGCGGAAGAGGCUCACUAGUCGUAGCCGACUCAGACGGUAAUGUUCACAUUGUCAGUAGAACAUAUGAAAUCUCCACCUUUCGAGCAUAUGAUCGCAACAUCUCUAUUCUGGAGCAAGGACGGCAAUCUCCUCUUCUUGUUACGAUCGGAGAAGAUGAGGUAGGGGUCAAUCCCCUGGUGAAGGUGUGGGACUUGGACAAGUUGGAUCGUCAAGGUCACCCUACCUGUGUCCGCAUAACUAGAGCUCAUCUACCAAACAAGGCAGUGUCUACCUCAUGUCUGUGUCUCAAUGAAUCCCUAACUCUAAUGGCUGUGGGCUUCAUAGAUGGCUCAGUCGUCAUUUAUCAGGGGGAUGUAAGACGAGACAGGUCAAGUAAACAACGUAUUCUGAAGGAAGGAACUCAACCUGUGACAGGCUUGGCUUUCCAGACAGUUUCCAAGGAAACUUUUCUUUAUGUGGCUACAACUUCCAGCAUUUAUCUUUAUAAUGUCACCCAUAAGGAUCUUGCAACCAAGGUUGUCUUGGACACUGUGGGGUGUGUGAAGGCAUGUUCAGUCUUAGCAGAAUCCAUGCAGGACACUCAUUUUAUGAUUGCUAAAGAUGAUGCAGUCUAUUGCUAUACAUCGGAUGGCCGAGGACCUUGUUAUGCCGUCGAAGGGGAGAAAAUACUCCUGCAGUGGUAUAGGAGCUACCUCAUUAUUGUAGCUAGAGACACGAAAAUUGUGCCUGCCCAGAAUGGAAAAAUAGACAAAACAAGUGAGCAAGAUAAAGAGAAGCACAUAGUGACGGUGCUGGAUAUCCAGAACAAGUUCAUAGUGUUCUCUGCUCCAAUGAGAGAGGUACAAGCUGUGAUGGUGGAGUGGGGCUCACUCUACGUACUGACAGGCGACAACUGUCUGUCUCUACUGGUGGAGAAGGAUCUGCAGUCCAAGCUGGCGUUGCUGUUCAAGAAAAACCUUUACGACGUGUCAAUCAGGAUUGCCAAAAGCCAUCAAUAUGACUUGGAGGGCCUGACGGACAUAUUUCGCCAGUACGGUGAUCACUUAUACAGCAAGGGUGAUCACAAUGCUGCUAUCGAGCAGUACAUCAAAACCAUCGGGAAGCUUGAGCCUUCAUAUGUUAUAAGAAAGUUCCUACAGUCUCACCAGAUAGACAACCUGACAGACUACCUACAGGUACUUCACAAGCAGGGAGUGGCUACAGCGGAUCAUACGACUCUGCUGCUCAACUGUUACACCAAACUGAACAAGAUUGACAAGUUCAAGGAGUUCAUAAUGACUAAAGACAGAGAAGUGGACUUCAACGUAGAAGUUGCUAUAAAUGUUUGCCGACAGACAUCAUCAGAAGACGCUCUCGUAUUGGCAGAAAAACACAAACUGCACUCUUGGUACCUCAAGAUUCAGAUUGAGGACCAUGCUAAGUACAUUGCAGCUAUCGAGUACAUUGGGAAACUACCAUUUGCUCAGGCUGAGGAUAGCAUGAAGAAGUUUGGAAACGUUUUGCUCCAAAAUUCGCCUAAAGAAGCCACUGAUUUACUGAAAAGACUUUGUACGAACUACAGACCUUACAACAAGUCACUUACUGAUCAGGAUUUAAAACAAAAUGUUACAAACGAGUAUGACAGAGCUGAUCCUGCGGAUUACAUUCAUCUAUUUGAAAAUAAUUCAGAGAGGCUAGUCGAGUUUUUGGAAUAUCUCAUUCAAACGAGUGGCAAGUGGCAGCCGCUGGUGUACAACACACUGGUGGAGCAUUACCUGCAAGUGUGGUCGAGACUGAGCGAUGCUGCCACCAGAGUGCAGUGGGAGCAGCGGAUAGUGCGGCUGUUAGAAUCACCCGAUGCUAAGUACGACCGACACCAGACUCUCAUCUUGUGUCAGGCUGUCAACUUUCGACCGGGAAUCCUGUAUCUGUACGAGGAGAAUAAACUAUACCAACAGAUCCUACAGUACCACCUGAGUCAGCAGGACUACCAGUCAGUCCUGGCAUGUUGCCGCAGGUUUGGUCUACAGGACCCCAGCUUGUGGCUACAGGCACUCUGGGCCGGAGCCAAGGACAUAGACAUGCCCAGCCACUUGCUGGCUGAGAUACUCACCAUAAUAGAGAAAGAACGACUUCUCUCUCCACUACUUGUCAUUGACGCCCUGAGCAACUGGAACGCUGUAAAAGUCGGUGACAUCAGAGCAUAUCUACAGAGUGUUCUUCAAGCCGAAGAGAAGCUGAGGGAUCAAGAUCAAGCUCGGAACACUAAGUACAAAGACGAGACUGCUCGGAUACGGAAACAAAUCCACAACAUGCAGAACUCGGCCAUCGUGUUCCAAGGCUCGAGAUGUUGUGCUUGUAAUCACCAACUUGAACUUCCCAGUGUACAUUUCCUCUGUCAACAUUCAUAUCAUCAACACUGCUUCCAAAGUUUCUCAGAAAGUGAAAAUGAGUGUCCCGUUUGCCUGCCUGGUAACAAACAUUAUAUGGACUUGAUGAAACUUCAGGAGCAAGGCAGAGAUCUACAUGAGGCAUUUCACAGUCAGCUGGAUAAAGCUGAGGAUGGCUUCAGUCUGGUGGCCGACUACUUCGGUCGUGGAGUGUUCAACAAGUUGACCAUCGUCAAUGAUCCAAUCCAAGGUCUUACAGUACCAAAUGUCCCAGUCAACCCCAGAAAACCCCCAAGCAGUUUACCUUUAACUUAUGAAAAAGCAGAAAGAGACAAAAGCUUAGGUUUUGGUGCAAGUUAUAAAGCAAGCUCAAGCAAACCUAAAGCCACAGAAUUUUUUCCAGCACCACAAAGCAUUCCAAUAAAGCCAAAGAGCGAGAGUCCAAAGACUGUGGGGAGUCCCAAGCCGAGUUACCAAGUUUCAAGAGAUCCAGGGCCGAGACUCCCGGAUCCGAGGGACUCCCUGAGUGAAGCCAUCCUGUCUCCUAAAGCAGGACCGGCCCCCAGAAAACCUCCCACUAAUCCCUUUGAAGAAGACGACUAUCCUGAGGAAAAAAAUCCUUUUGGGUCGGAUGAUCCAUCGUAGCGCAAUACAAAUAAUCAUGUAGGCCUAUCAAUAUAAUCUGUUACUGUCUGUAUAUUUACACUGUAUCCUGAACAGUUUAGUAGGCUGGUACUUUUUACUGUAAAUAAGCUUGUAAAGGUUAAUUGUUAUUAUAUUAGCGCAAAUUUUAUCACGAUUUGUUAACCAUCCAAUACAUGUUUAAGCAUUUUGUAAGUGCGACCAACGGGCGUCUUUUUAAAUCUCUAUGGAGAUUAACAAGGACUGAGUUUAUUUUUUGAGAAUGUUAUUCAAUCUACUUUUGUAAACGAACCUGAAAUUGUGGUUGAGGGAUAUGUAAUAAUCAGUUUUAUUCAACAAUUAAUUACAUUUUAAAAUUGAUGGUAACUCCAAACAAACUACACAACUGUCAAAAUGUAUUUUUUCUUCUUCAAAACAAUAAGUAAUUGAUGGGAUGAAGAAAAAGUUAGCAAUAUCGCAAAAGAAAAUUAUUCUCACCUCACCUCAUUUAUAUUGUAAUGCCAAUAUUCUUAGUUUAUUUUUUACUUUAAAUGUUAAUCAAAUAAACCCUUCAUAGGUGUCGUAACAAGAGUUUUCCUCUAACGCCUUUAUUUUUAAAGAAAAAUAUGCGUUACUGCUGGUUGGCAGUUUCAAGAGUAACCAUUCCUCACACACCUCUUUUUGAGAACCGAGUGGAGAUCAUAAUUUUGCUCUCCUCCCUUCUCGGUAGGCCUACUAUAUUAAUCCACGUGCUCCCGUGUGUUACUUAUAGUGGUGUUGUUUUUUGUUCGCAAUAUAUUUCUAGGUCAAGUUUUUUAUCGAUUUAAUGUACACUUUUAUUGAUUAUAUGGGGUUUUUAUACCUUUUUGUAACUAUUAUAACAUGUAUAAUAGAAGUUUACGCAACGAUUGCGUUAAGUGAGUCUUUACGACACGAGUAGAAAAUUUAAGGCACGAGCCUUGGCGAGUGCCUUAAAAACUUCUACGAGUGUUGUAAAGACUAUUAACGCGAGUUGCGUACACUACUUUACCUACGACCGGUUUUUUAAUUACUAUCAAUCUGGAUUUAAUUACUAACAAUAACUACUGAUAACUUUUUAGAGAGGUUAUGUUUUCGUGUAUUGUCAUUGCCACUGAAAGUGAUGCAACGACUUGUUGUAUAAUCAGCUGAUUUCCUGUAAUUACGUGUUUGUUAAACUUCG